GCUGGUAUAGUACUCGGUGAUUUCAUCGGAACUUGUGUCAGUAAUCCAUUCCUAUGUGGAGAUGGGUUAAGUGUUUCAUUCUGGGUGAAAUUUGUGCAUCAAGAGACUACGGAGAAUAUCAGGCAGAUAAUCAGUUCUGGAGCACAUGAAGAUGAUGCUGGGUUUGCAGUUUUCAUUAAAGGUUCAUUGGUUGUCUUUGUGGUUGACUGCUCUCUUGGAAGAUGGACCGCAUCAAUCAAGAAAGAGCUCAUUCCACACAACACCUGGACCAAUCUUGCUUUGACGUGGAAAAAAGGAGAUACCAUAACGAUAUAUCUAAAUGGAAUGGAACCGGAUGCGGACUAUCAGUUAACUGUCGGUUCCAUCACUGAUUCCAGCAAACUGCUGAUUGUUGGAGACACAUCGAGUUCACAAUCAGCAAAGUUAUACGUUUAUAACCUAGCCGUCUGGGAAAGUCACGUGCCUCAUCAGAUGAUCAACCAACUUAUUGGAAUGUCAAAGUAUGAAUUUCACUGUUUGUCUUCUGCUGAUGUUUGUUGGUCAUUCGAGUACCCCAAAAGAAUCCGUCCACGAUAUCAGCUAAGUCCUACUGGUGUAUCCUUCAUACGAGACAGACAUCAUCAAGGGAGAGGCGUCUGCUUAAACGGUGUCAGAAGUGGGAUAUCAUUAUUUGGGAUAUCAGCUACACGGUGUCCAGCGGAUCCUUCAGCAUGUGCCAAUGGAUUGGUUGUUGGUAUGUGGUUGAAGCUUACUAGAGUAACAUCAAGCAGAAACAGUGGGUAUCUGCUGAGUGUUGGAGCCACUGAUCCAGGUGAACGGGGUGUGUCACUCUUCCAAUCCAUCACUGGUAUCCACGUUAAGGUGGUUGAAGCCAGAAUUAUGUGGCAAACAGAUAUCAAGUCCUCCUGGUUGACCUUUGACCGAUGGAUGUAUCUGGGUAUUGUCUGGUCCGGGCAGGAGCAAUAUCUUACAGUUAGUAUUGAUGGAAAGAAAAUGCCUACCCUGCUGAGCCACACGAAAGGGAAGUAUAGAGCACAUGAUGUUUCUUCGCUCACACUAGGCAAAUCAAGUCAAAGUGAUUCAGAUUUCCUUACAGCGUGUUACGAUGACGUCACGAUCUUAUCCCCUAAGGUGGGAGAUCACCUCCCGUCUCCGAAUACUCUGACUGGUGAACCCGAUUUCGAGCCGUACCUUUCUGCAGAUGAACAUUUUGAUGUAAAUGAUCCAGACGGUUCAGUCAAAGGAGAACAUUAUUCAGCAACGAAGAACAGGUUUGAUGUGGAAAACUCCUCGGUCGAUACUGGGGUACCCGGUUCACCAUUAGGAUACAUCAACCUCGGUGAUUUUGCUGGGCGAUGUGUCAGUGAUCCUUCAUUGUGUAGUGAUGCCGGAUUAUCGAUAUCAGUAUGGAUAAAGGUAGACAAUAUGGAUCAUUUUGCUGAUCCAUUGGUCAACCCUGGUGGAGUUGGAUAUAUAUUAAGCUCAGGAGCUCAGAGUGCCAACGGCACAGGAUUGUCAGCUUUUUACUCACGAGACAAAUUCCUGUACGUCCAGGUACUAGACGGUCAACGGAAAUGGUUCUCUAAGUUUGAAUAUGAACUCGGCAGAGAUUGGUUAAACUUUGGGACGUCAUGGAGUAGAGAGAAAGGCUUAUUGGUUAUUUUGGAUGGCCACGUCAAAGGGAAUGACCCGGUUGGCGAACCUCUAGUGAGGACAAUGGACUCAUUCACAACUCUAAUUCUAGGCAAGAGAAAUGACAGGAAUACUUCGUACCUAGGGGGCGCUUUCGAUGAUCCAGCUAUCUGGUAUCAGGCUCUAGAUAAAGAUGAUCCCAAUCUAGAGGAUAUCAUUAUGGGAAAAUACAUUGAUGACAUCGUUGAAACCGUGAACUAUGACGAUCUUGAUGACGAGUCUCCAGACAGGGCUCAACCGUCUUGUAAGAUCAUCCACGAAGCUGAUUGUGCCAAGACAAUGCAACAGUUACUGGAUGUGAUUAAAGGAGAGAUCAUAUUGAGUGCAGAUGCUGCAGAGAGUUCUACAAACAGUUUGAUGCGUUUUACUUCUGAAGGUUCCACACUCUCCAGUUCAGAGUUAGAUCUCGCUGUGAGUGUAAUAGACAAACUCUCCAAGAGGCAGUUGGCAACAACUUUGGAUGACGUCACAGCUGAAGCUAUCCUCGAGGAUUUCCUUGAAGUUACUAGCAAUCUUCUUGAUCCUGUCUUCACCAAGAAAUGGGUUGCUCUGCACAAGACCAAAGCAGGGGUGACAUCUUUGAUGGAAAGUGUUGAGACAUUUGCUGCUGAUGUUGCCGGUCGUUUAGUGUGGAACUCUCAAGUGCUCCUCAACACAAGUCAUAUACUUAUGACAAUGGAUGUUGUAUCCGAGGAUUAUUUCAUCUCUGAAGUAGAAGCAAUCUUUCCAAGACACGGUCAGAGAUGGGAGACCCUUGAAGAUAAAUGGAGAAAUAUGGAUGACUACGUGACCAUCCCAAAGGAAGUGUUUCACUCCGAAAUAAACAAAAAUUUCGCAUUUGAUGGAAGCUUAGUGUUUACAUGGUACGAUUCUCUAAAUAAGAUGGCGCCCGUUGUGUCAACAAACAAUUUUGUGUUAAUGGGCGGCAAAUCACUAAGUAUUAACAGCAACAUCAUGUCAGUCAUGAUAGAGCCGAAAAUUCAACACAAACUUACAAAACCAAUCUUGGUCACUCUGAACCAUCAUAAGCUUGUGACUAAAUCAAAACCCGAAACACCUGUUUGUGCUUUCUGGAAUUUCGAUGUGCUGCACACCAUAAAUGGUGCAUGGGACCGUGAGGGAUGUGAGGUGCAGAGUACCAGCCAAACCCAAACUCAGUGUCUUUGUUACCAUAUGACACACUUUGCUAUUGUUAUGGAACCGCUGCAAGAACCGGUUUAUGACGAACAUGCAGUUGUCCUGCGAUGGUUAGUCAGGUGCCUGGUCGGAGUGUCUGUUUUCUGCCUCGUUGUUCUUAUCGUCACAUAUGUGGUAUCAAAGCGUCUUCACACCCUCCGUCAUUCUAUUCAUCUGAACCUCUGCCUGGCCUGUCUCCUUGCUUCAGUAUCGUUCGCCAUGUCUGAAUUCACAUCGAACAGUCAGGUCCUGUGUCUCGUGAAUGGAGCAACAAUGCAGUGUUUCUACCUUGCUGUUAUCCUAUGGCUGACUAUGGAGUCAUUCCAAUUAUACUCUGAUACAGCUGCUGGAGGUAUUAAAACCAAUGAUGCUACGGAGGGAUUUGCAGUGUGGAGGAACCGAAUGGGUUUUUAUAUGAUUGGUGGAUGGGUAAUUCCAGCAGUGACAGUUGGAUCAGUUCUUGGUGUCUCCCUAAAUGUCUACAAACCGCAAAGAUACGUUCUGUGA